UUAAAACAAGAUAAUCCAUGUUUGGUCUCAAUGACGCAGUCAAACACACAUACAAAAACCUGGAAGGAAACCUGAGCUGCACAAGUCCCCCAAAGGAUCCAAGGUCUACUGAGGAUGGCUCGCAUGUCCGUGUUCAGGUUCUCAGCUGUGGCUCUGCUGCUGCUGUCCGCCUGCUGUUGGGCCGACGAUGAGGCAGAGAAGGACUCCGGGGAGCUUUCUGUCUCAGAGCUGCUGGAGAGAGCCAACAGUAAUCUGGUCCGCUCCGCCGGUGACCCCGUCCUGAUCGGAGGAGACAUCGCCGUUGACAGCGAGGCCGAGAGAAACGCCGACCCCUGCACCAGCCGAGGCUGCAAGUGGGGCAAGUUCACUGACGGGAAGGUCUACAUUCCUUAUUACAUCACCAACCACUUCUCCUCCCGUGAGCAGGCCAUCAUCACGCGUGGACUGGAGUCUUUCUCUUCAUUCUCCUGCAUCCGCUUCAGGCCCAGCAGAAGCAGCGACCGCGACUGGCUGCAAAUCGAGUCCCAGAACGGCUGCUGGUCCUACGUCGGCCGUCGCGGUGGGAAGCAGGUGGUGUCUCUGGCCCAACAGCCCCUUCACGUUUCUCAUGGCAGAAUGGAGCACAACUUUAACAAGAUCGCCACCUUGAACCAGGGAACUCCUUACGACUACGGCUCUGUCAUGCAGUACCACAAGUACGCCUUCUCUAAGAACAACCAGCCCACCAUGGUCCCCAUCCCCAACGCCAACGUGUCCUUCGGCAACGCCAAGGAGAUGAGCCGCAACGACAUCGCCAGGCUCAACACGCUCUACAGCUGCUAAGAAGGACGCUCGGAUGUCCUGACAGGACGCAGAAGGACGGAAGAUUGUCUCCUGGUGCUCUCUGAACAGCAGGCAGCUGCAGAC